AUGGAAGAAAGCAAACACGGAACUGAAUACGCAAGCGAAACAUCAUGCAACCAAGAGUUACUCAUGGAUAAUAUUUUAUAUACCUUUCAGUACAGGCUAUGGAAAGACUAUAACUGGUGCAGUCGGCAUGCCAGGAAGGAGGGGAACCCUAAGUCUUCUAACAUAAAAAACCUGAGUUCUAAACCCGCAAAUCCGAACGCUAAACCUGGAAACCCUGGAACUUCUAACCUAGGAAACCUAAGUGGUAAACCCUGGACCAUGCGUGCCGCUUCUCGGAGUAAGCACAGAAGGUACCACCCGUCUUCCAUCGAGGCAGACAUAUUAUCCUAUGAGUAG